AUGGCGUCCCGAGCACAAAAAAUCUUAAGUCUAGUGAGAGAACAAGAAAAAACUAAAUCAGCUCUCGAAGAACUUGAUAAUACAGCACAAACUGAUUCCCAAACAGUUGUACCAGCAGUACCAAGCACCUUACCAGAAAGACAUGAUGAACACAUAAGCACCUUUAAUGGAUUUGAUAUCAACAGUAUGGAGAUCGUAUUGGCUGAUGAUGUUCUUGAAAUAGAUGAAGCUGAGUUCAAUCUUCCGCCAGCUGAGCUAGGAAUAAAUGUUUGUGGUUUAGAGGAUAAAGACUUAGAUCUUCGCCAUCGUGAUCAAGAUCAGCCAACCGCUGGAAGUCAUGGCAAUUUCAGUAGCAGUAGUAAUGAAAGCGAUCUUGACAGUGAUUCCGUUCCAGAUUUCCUGAAUUUAUUUUUCGAUGACCUUCCGAAACAGCCAUCUCACUAUGUGAGAAAGGAUACCAGUAAAUUUUAUUUAGAGCAACAUUUCGUUACUCUGAAGCAAUUGCAUAAUUUUUAUAGAGAGGUUUGUGAUGAGAAAAACAAGCAUUGCCUGGGUAUAAAGGUGUUUAAGCAGAUAUUUAAAGAGAAAAAUCUUAGUUUGUUUUCACCAAAGAAAGAUGUGACAUUUGCAUAG